AUCCGGAGAAGAAAGUAAGGUGUACAAUUACACUGCUGCAGGAGGAAGUCAGGAGGUCAAACUUUCCCAGUAAUAAGCUCAACUGGGCAGUGCCUGAAUCCUGCAGAAAGAACCCACUGCCUUUCUCACACCCACACCAUGGAGAAACUGGGAGAGAAUGAAACAUGCUUCCCAAACCUUCCCUUGCAAGGUAAAAAGAUGGCUUACCACAAAGUCAGUUCAGACCAGAGGACACAGUACCUAGAUAAUGAUGACCUCCAAGUGACCUCUCUGGAGCUAGAAUGGGACAUGGAGAAAGAACUGGAGGAGCCGGGUUUUGAUCAUUUCCAAAUGGAUGGGACAGUCCAUCAACCUGUGGAAACAACUCAGAACACAGACAUUGACCUGGAGCUGAUUCAGCCAUCAGCGUCUCCCAAAGGAAGGUUCCAAAGGCUUCAGGAAGAUCCAGAUUACGUCUCCCAUUAUACAAGACCACCACCAAAGAGCAACUGCUGCAGCCUUCGCCAGAUAUUUAAGCUAUUUUGCACUGCUAUGGGAUUAUUUAUUUUGGGGAUUGUGAUAGGCUACUAUGGACGUGCACAAUGCCCUCUUUCGCCUAUGUCUUCAGAACCAAAUUCUCCUCACCUCAGCCAGGAGAUUGUUAAACAAAUCAAAGCAAAUGAACUUGCACGGAUUUUCAGAGAGUUGAUACAGUUGCAUGGAAAAGAAGACAGAGACAUUGCAAUGAAGCUUCUGGUUGAGUGGACAUCUUAUGGCCUUGAAGAUGUCCAGCUUGUAAAUUACACAGUCCUACUUGACCUGCCAGGCUCUUCUCCAAAUACAGUGACUCUGAAGAACAGUCGUGAAUGCUUUUAUCCUACUGGACAGCGAUGUGACAAAGAAACACAAAAGCUUCAUAGUCAAGACCUUCUGUACUCUUAUGCUGCUUACUCUGCCAAAGGAACUCUCACGGCUGAAGUCUUUGAUGUACAGUAUGGGACUGCAGAAGACUUGCUCAGAAUUCAAAACCUCACAAUGGUGUCUGGAAAAAUUGCACUGUUGAAGUUAGGACGUCUGCCUCUGCUAUAUAAG